GGCAGCCUGGAAAUGGGACAGAGUAGAGAGAGGAGGGGCGCUGUCCCGCACAGCAUGCUGGGAAGUGGCCCAGAGCCUGUCCUCCCUGUGGAUGAGCCGGGUCCAAGGAUGGAGCUGACAGAGCCCUCACCAAGCACAGCCGUGCAGAAGGAGGAACAGGAAUUAUUGGAUCGAACUUUCUUCUCUUGGGCUGAGUUCAGCCGCUUCUUCGACAAGUGGUGCCAGCAGCGGCUGGUAGUCUUCUCGGUGAAGAGCUCCACGCGUGUGGCGCGAAGCCCGUGGGCCAACACGCCCCCACUCUACAGGCUUAUCCACGUGCUCAAGUACAGCUACGUGCUGCUGGUGUGCAAGGAUGUACGCAUGCCCAACAAGUCCACAGCGUGGCCUCCCCAGCCCAGCUGCCCGGCCUUCAUCACUGUCAAGCUGAGCCCUUUGCGGGAUCGACUCGUGGUGACUGAGUGCCAGCUGACCCACUCACACCCAGCCUGCCCACGUGAGUUCGCCUACCACUUCCGCCCAGGCCACUUGCUGGCCAAUUCCUGCCUACCGGUCCGCAUCACCAACCAGAUCUCCAAGCAGUUUGUGGCCCCUGCAGACGUGCGCCGCCUGCUGACCCAUUGCAAGGGCCCAGACCACGGGGUCCUAGAUGCCCUACAAGUGCUUGAGGGGCUCUUCCGCACAGAUCCGGAGGCCAAGGUGAAACUGGUGUUCGUGGAGGACCAAGCAAUGGUAGAGACUGUAUUCCUUCUGACAUCACGCACCAGGGCGCUGCUACGUCGCUUCCCACGCAUCCUAUUGGUGGACCGGCUGCCUGGGUUGCAGGGCGCGCUGGACCUGAUGGCAGUGCUGUGUGUGGACAGCGCUGGACGUGCACGCCAGGCUGCCUGUUGCGUGGCGCGUCCCGGCACGCCUAGCCUGCUGCGAUUCAUGCUGGUUUCCCUGUUACAAAGUGCCCCAGAUGUCAAAGGCCGAGUGCGCUGCCUCACAGCUGGACCAGAGGUGGCCGGACAACUGCGUGCAGUUCGCCAGCUGUUGCCAUGUGCACGUGUGCAGAUUUGUCGCGUUCAGGGUCUGGAGACGCUCUUCAGUAAGGCACAGGAGUUGGGUGGUGCCAGCCAGGAGGAUCCUGACUUGUGGCCACUCCUCUGCCGCCUAGCAGAUUCAAAAUCCUAUACAGCUUACAGCGAGGCUCUGGCUGAGUUGCGUUCCCAGGCUCCAACUGCCUUCAUCAGAUAUUUUGAGCACAACUGGGCACCCCGCCAUGACAUGUGGGUACGUUUCCGUGCCUACGAAGCAACCCGUGACCUGGAUGCCUGUGCUCUUGUGCGAGGCCAUCGUAGGCGACUCCUGCGACGCCUCAGCCCCUCACAUAGUGUAGCUCAGUGCCUUCGUGACCUAGUGGCCAUGCAAUGGGCAGAUGCUACUGGAGAGGCAGCCUCAGAGAGUGUUAAUGGCGACAGAGUAUUGUUGGAGAGUGAGCCCAGGAAUAGGACACAGAUGGAGAAAGAGAAGGUGAGGGGCACAGAGACCAGCAACUGUGGAAGGCCUGAUCGAGAGAGUGAGAAAGGAAGGGGAUUGUACUUGAGAGAUGGUCAAGGAGUCUGGUUGGAGAAGGUGAGGGGUCCUGAAGGGACAGGAGCCCAGCUGGAAAAAGAGCUUUUGAGAGAGCCAGAGGUCAGAGACUGGAGGGGAACCCAGAUAGAGAAUAGAAGAGUUAGGGUGCUGGGGCCCAUAGAUAGGAGAGGCAACCUGGUUGAGUCUGAGAAGGCCAAGAGUCUUGAAGGAAGGCCCUGGAGAGAUACACAAUUACAGGAGGAGAGGGCACGUGCACCGAAACCUCAAGACUGGAAAGAGCCUCAGUUUGAAAUAGAGAAGGGGAUUGACAUUAGAAACUGGAGAGAUGUCCAUGUGGAGAAGCCCUUAGAGUUAGUCCCAGAGAAUAGAGAUCAGAGGGGACCACAGUGGGGAGCUGAGGGGAAGAAAGGGCCAGAGACUGCAGAGGAGAGAAGUGGGAAGUUUCUAGUCAAAAGGAGACGGGGCCUGGAGGACAUUGUUGUUGUUCAUUUAGAGGACCCAAGAGCUACAGACAUAGUGAAUGGAGACGGCGGGGGACCCCAACCUAUGGGUUUCAAGAAUGGAGGACAGCAGGUGGAGUUUGGGGAUCCUGGGGGGAGGCUUGUAGGGAUGGGAAAUGGUUUACCAUGCACCACCCCUGUGCAGACUGUGUUGAAAGGCAAUCCAGAAUGGGCAGUGAACAGGAUUGAGUCCCUGGCUGCAGGGGAAGCAGUACAGGGAGGAAGUGAAGAAGGCCCAGGGGAACCAAAGAGGCUUUGUCACCCCUGUAGAGAUGAGGGAGUGGACUGUGAGCCACUAGCCAAGUUCCGAGCAGUCUGUGGGCCAGAGUUGGCGGAUCUAGUGGCAGAGGAGCUGGCCUUCGCCAGGCAGCAUGGGACCCGAGGUUUCCACUGGACUGGAGCUGGCUUUGCCCUUAAGGAUGGCACCUCAGACUUCUUCCUGGAUGGGGCCCUGACACACUGCAGCUGUUCAAUCUAUGCUGCUAGACGCCUGCCCUGCAGACACCUCUUUGCUGCACGUCUCCUCACGGGGGCAGCCUUGUUCCACAUGGACCUGCUCAGAGAUUGCUGGGGAAGAUCUCAGGAACCCUGACCCUGUGUACCCCUGCCUGCUGCCCUCCACAUGGAGGGCAAGAACAUAUUCUUUGAUCCCAAAGAUAAUAGGGCUCAUACCCAGUGGGCCACCCCAGCUCUUCUAAUCACCUCUUGAGUCAUCUAAGGACGUCCUCUUGGUCUUCUUUCUCUUCAUCCUAGAGGAUGCUAGCUAUUAUCUCUGAGAUCCUGGAGCCACACCUGUGGGAAGUGCUAAUGGCCAGGGCACUUGAAAGGACAUUACCCUGGAAAAGAUAUACACAAGGAGAAGUCAUGAGAGACAGGGUCAGCCAAGACAGAAGACAAGAAAGGGAUAGAGCUGGGGCAUGGGGAGGCACAGUGGAGGUCAUGGAAAGAAGCUAAGGUAUGAGGACACUGACAAGAGUAAGGACCAAGAGCCCUAGGGACUACAAGGUUGAAAUGGGAAAAGCCAGGAAGAAUGGGCAAAAUUGGAGAAGAGAAAGUAUAGGAGGGAGGACAAGGGACAGGGCUGGGGAAGUGAAGCAUGGAAGGAGAGAAGGUGAGAAGGGCUGAAGACAGUUUUUAAAAGGAAAUGACAAAACAUAGGAAGGCAAAAGAUGAUAGGAUGACCUGGGGAGUUGGCCAUUUCUCAGGGUGGGGCAGGGGAGAUGGCUCUCUGGUGGGACAACCUACAUACUGCCUCAGAGGG